AGCAGGGCUGGAAGAGACCCUUGUCUGAAAGGACAAGGAGACUUGAAAGCAUUUUCAGCUGAAUGCCUUUACAAGCCCUUUUCCUACUCAAUGCAGGAUGUUCUCCAGCAGGGAGAGGGCUUUUGUGUACAGCCCUGUGACUCUCUUCAUACAUUUGCACUGAACACCUGAAGAAGGCUGCAAUCAUCGCUUUUCAAAAGAUGUAUGUGUUAUGCUUGUUGUUUUAAAGUACUGGUUCCAUGGCUGAAGGCAGUUCCUUCACUGUUCUGGUUGAAAUAAUUAUCUGUAUAUUCAUAUACAGUGUUACCUCAGGUUACAGACGCUUCAGGUUACAGACUCCGCUAACCCAGAAAUAGUGCUUCAGGUUAAGAACUUUGCUUCAGGAUGAGAACAGAAAUCGCAUGGUGGUGGUGUGGCGGCAGUGGGAGGCCCCAUUAGUUAAAGUGGUACCUCAGGUUAAGAACAGUUUCAGGUUAAGAACAGACCUCCAGAAUGAAUUAAGUUCUUAACCCGAGGUACCACUGUACCUAAGUGUAGACCCAAAUGCAUUCUGUUUGCUUGAGCCUUGUAGUUGUUUUAUUAUCAAUGUGAGCACAUUGGUUGGUUCUCAAAUUUUGUUUGUUCACAACACUUACAAACCGCUUUUGAAUCAAAGAAUGUUCAAAGCAGUGUGCAAAAGGAAUAUAAAAUAGCACUUGUUUUCCAGUGGCAGCACCGGGGGGGGGGGGAUUGGCGGGGGGGGGGGGAGGCACAGAAGGGACAAAGUAUAUUUCUAGGUGGGCUAGUUGUCUCCCAAAUUAAGAUCGCUGAAGCAAGGGGGGAGGGGCUGAGCUUUUGGUUUUGGAGAAUGCAUGCCCUUCCUGUCCCCCCAUUGGUGCCACCCAAUAUUGUAGCAGAAUAAACAUAUAUAUAUAUAUAUCAUGUUCUAAAACACCAAUGCUUCUUUGCAAAGUAUCGCUAAUCUAAAUUCUUUGCAAUGUUGCAAGCUCAUUUUGUGAGUCACUCUGGGAGAAAAUAAGCAAGUCUCCAUGGUGACUAACUCCUGCAGGAUGGAGGCAACAUGAGUAAAACCAGAUUUCCCUCCACUUCCAAUCAUUUUUUGCCUCCUGUUUUGACAAAGCUUAGUGCUGUAGAAUUUCUCCACUUUCUCCAUCCUUGUGGUUUGAAUGUUUGGUGUAAAUAAUCUUACCCUUCCCUGCUAUAACAUCAUUCUUCUUACUCAACAUCUGCCAUAAACCACAAUCAAGGAUGUGCCUGAUGAGCGUUCAUUUAAAUGACAGGUCACCAAGUAGGUUAAACUAACAUAAGCUCUAGCAGACUCGCCCCAUGCAAGAAUUUCCAUGGUGGAAAAAAACCAGGUUGUUGUCUUAAACUUUUCUCAGACAGAAUUUCUACUGAAGAGGAUGGGCUCCCUUGUGAUCCAGCGUUGCAGCGUUAGAAAGCUCCCUAUAAACUUAAAGGAGUACUAGUAUAAGUGAAAACAAACCUUGUGUGACAGAAGACAUCAAUUCUGCAGCAACUUUCAUUCCAAGGAAACCAAACGUAAGAUGUGUACUGAGAUCCCUAAAAUCUCUCACAGCUGAGAUUGGGGUGGGUGUAACAAUGCAAGGAUGUAGUGAUCUAUGUAGUGAUCUAUACACACACACACACAGAGAGAGAGAGAGAGAGAGAGAGAGAGAGAGAGAGAGAGAGAGAGAGUCUUCCUCAAGGCUUCUUGUUGUUUUGAUGUGCGAGAAGGAGUUAUUAAUUGGAGAAAGCUUUCUCUACAUGAGAUGCUACAGUAGGACAAAGCCAACAAAAUCAUCUGGCCCUUAGUGUGCACUGAAACUCUGAGAUCGCAGCAUCAGUAGGAUGCCAGAAACGUAAGAACAUUGUUUGUACAGUAUAUUUGAAGCCCAUGGCAUAUAUUUCACCUUAAUUUGAGUGGAAUUUUAUUAGCCUAUCCAUUUGCCUUCCAUUGCCACAAGGCAGUUCAGCCAUGUGUCACAAUAAAUGUGUGCUACAAGACUCUAUUAUUAUUAUUUUUAUCUUAGGAUAUUUUUCUCUGUACAGGUCUGGAUUCUGUAUGUGAAGCGGCUUCAGAAUUCUGCAUUUUCAUUGAACACUUGCUUCCACUUCCAGAUGGCGACAACAUUCUGUUACAGAUGCACAAUUAGAUGCAUGUAAGACAGGCCCAUCGCGUCAGUGCUUGUGUUUUCUCUGCCUUGUUUUAAAACAAAUUGAUAGGACUUGGACUGAAUAUUCCUAUUUCAAAUGCACACACACAAAAUUAAGAGAGAUCAAACCUGUACCACUGAUCUAGGAUUUCUCAGAUUUCUCAAGGUUUCUGCCUUUGGAGCAUGUUAUCUCAAAUGGAAACUAUUUCAGUUCUUGAAUGUACAGCUCCCUCAUCCCCACCUAGCAGCACACACUCAUUCUCCUUCAUUCACACAAUCUGGUCACAUAUGUGAAUGUUUCGUCCGUAAAUGGAUCUCAGCCAGAAAGAUGAGAUCAGUUCUGCUGCAAAUGUAUCUGUGGUAAUUCAUAUCAGAGGGAGAGUGUGCACAAAUUUCUAUAGCUAUAAUACCAAAAGGGCCACUCAUUUCUGGACAUGCUUUUCCAAUUUGCAGUAACUGAAAACAAGCUGAGGUCUCACUAAAAUAAACUUCUUAUUCUGCACCCUGAGAGUUUUGCAACAAAUGUUCUACAAACUUUCAAAACAACUCUGGAAACGCAGCAAAUGCUUUCAUAAGACUCCCAUGAUACAAAUGUUUGACACAGUGAUUCCUGUAAUGAUUGUGAAAUUUUUGUUUAGUCUAUUUUUAUCCAGCCCUUUCUUUUCCCCUUUUUGGAUGAAUUUUUUUUACUAAGAUACAGGAAGAACUAGUUUAUCCAAGCCCCUUUUUUCAAGGAGCUCACAAAAGCAUUUAGGGUUCUUCCCUUCUAUCUACAAUUUUAUUAUAGAACGGAUCAGACUCUUAUACAUAAAAAAUGCUUUUAUUAAAACAUUUAUAUGCAAUGUGGAUUUCUGGGUGGCAUGCAACGUAUGAUGAAUACACUAAAAUAGAAGCAGCUUUUUUAAAAAGCAGAUUUUAAUUUAGAGUAUAGGAGGUGGGUCUGGUGCAAAAGGACACGGACACACACACACAUACUGAAGAGUGUUAAAGAGUAAAUCUUGCAGCAGCUAUUCCAUCAGGUUGCAGCGAGGGUUAGAAGGGAAGCAGGAGAAGGCAAGCUAACAACUCUGCUGAGAAGUCAGCUCCACCAGGCUUCAUCCUCCCUUUCACCUAGCAGUUUCCAUUCUAUCAGGCUACAGCUGCAAACUAUCUCUGGGCAGUUUCCAGGUGAGACAUAAGGACAUAAGUUGCUUGUCCCGUCUGGAACUCAGAAAGAGUGAUGGCUGUUGUGCUAUAAACUCUUAGACUUUUUAAAGAAAACAUGUUUACAUCUAUCAAGCUUAAGUUGUACAUUCCCAGCUAAUAGACAGAUUAUUUUUUUUGAAUAUCUUCUGUGUGCUUAAUAUAAUUAGGGUGCCAAUGUGCCCUACUUUGCAGAGGACAGAACUCUGUUUGAAGGCGUCCUCUCUUUGAAAGAGCUGCUGUCCAGUCUCAGUCCACUUUUAAAAUGAAGAACCUAAACAUAGCAACAGCAGCACCAAGGGACUUGAAUUUCCCAUCAAUUGUUAGCACCUGAACAGCAAGGGAAGCAGGCACCUGGUUAACUUUCCACCUACGGGGCAAUUACCGGUAAUCAUAUUUCUAUUAAUGUUAUUGCAAAUAUUUCCAAACAAACUUCUAUGCAUAAAAAGUAGCAUGUGCAGACUGUAAAUAAAUCUGUGUCCUCUUUUGGGUGAGGCAUUUCCUCUUUUUUGACAAACCAAAAGCGGUGGCUUGGCCAGCUUUCUGGAGUUAUUUGAUUUGCGCAUGGGGCAUUUCCCUGCCUUCAAAUUGUGGCUUUGGUUGUAUUGAUCUCUGGUUGCUGGAUAUCAUGGGUGGAUAGUAUUGACUGGUGAAAAGGGAUUUGUAGAUCAGCAUAAUCAAAGUUUGUGCAGAUUUGUGUCGUGCAUGCACCUAGAAGAAACUGCAGCAGGGUGUAACUUAUUUCACCUUUGCAGGACAAGCUAUGUCAGCCAAAUCUCUCUAAACAACUUGUCUUCCAGCCUCAUUCAAUGCAUGGUGAUUUAGACAUUAAGUCCUGUUGACUCACUACCAACUUGCAAGUUAAGUACAGUGGUGCCUCGCAAGACGAAAUUAAUUCGUUCCGCGAGUUUUUUCGUUUAGCGAAUUUUUCGUCUUGCGAAGCAUGGUGUUGGAAAAGUUUUGGAAAAGCUUCAAAAAUCGCCAAAAACCUCAAAAAAGGCUACCACACCGCGUUCUAUGAGUUGCUCCUCGAAGUCAAGUCGCAACUGUAUUAACGGUGUUAAGAAAAAGGAAACAAACUUGCAAAAAACGCAAGACGUUUUCGUCUUGCGAAGCAAGCCCAUAGGGAAAUUCGUCUUGCGAAGCAGCUCAAAAACCGCAAAACCCUUUCGUCUAGCGAGUUUUUCGUCUUGCGAGGCAUUCGUCUUGCGGGGCACCACUGUAUUGCACAGGAUUACUGCUUUCUAGGCCCAUUUAUUUAGAAGCAAGCCCCACUGAAUUAAAUGGGGCUUUCUCCCAGGAAAAAGCACACUGUAUAUUAUUAAAACCUUGGGCCAAUUACGCCAAUGCAUCUCCAUCGAAUCCAGGGAUUGAGUUGUAGCUCCAAAGUAUUGUCACUCCCGGAUAAUUAAUACAGUCUGUGGAUCUCAGUUGCCAGUUUGCAAAAGAUUCCACCAAGCUUGCUGAGAGAUGAGCAAAGGCAGAUGGGAAAGAAUUUGAGAUGAUCACACAGGAACAUAGGCAUCUGCCUUACAGAGUCAGACCUUUGGUCCAUCUAGCUCAGUACAGUGCUGUUUACGGUCCUUUCCCAGCCCUACCUAGAGAUGCCGGUGAAUGAACUAGGGACCUUCUGUGUGCAAAAUCUAUACCACUGAGCUAUGGCCCUUCCCAUUAAUGGUGGUGACCUGGUUCACACAUGUGAACCCUUGGUGUUGCACUCUUGAAGGCUGAGGUCCUCUUCACUCACCCAGGAAUGCAAUAUGCCUCCAUUCUGAGUAGGCAUGUAUGGGCUAUACUAUAAUGCACAUGUCAAUGUGAUCUGGCACACAUGCAUGCGUGAGUAAACUCAUGCAACCUACUUUAACCCAGAAGGAACCAGCAGGUAACAACUUUCCUGCUCUAACAGGCUUUUGGGAAUCAACUGCUUUUAAUGAAAGGCGCUGUGCUGUUUUUACUGUAAUUCUUGUGUGGUUUUAACAGAUGUUGUGCAUGCAUAUGGUUUUAGUUCUACCACUGUUUAAUUGUUUUUUCUAUGUUUCUAGCAGUUCUUUUUAUCCGCAAGCUGCCUUGAGUCCUGUUAGGGGAAAACAGGCGGGGUAUAAAUAAAUAUAUUUGGCACCCGUCUGUCUCAGGAGCAGGGUUGGAUUUAGGUUUGAUGAAGCCCUAAGCUACUGAAGGUAAUGUGGCCCUUUAUAUGUCCAGCUGUCCUUUGUCAACAACAAAUUGUUGCUGUUUUUUGUUGAAUAUAUGCUAUAUGGUAAUUUAUGAACCUAACAGGUAUCUAAAGCCAUUUGCCACUGUUGCUUUAUGUUGGUUUUAUUUUAUUUGUUUUUUAUCUUAUAUUUUGGAAAUGUACAUCCCGGUUUUUUUCCUUUAAAUUUUUGGGGGGCUCCCAAGCUACAGCUUGUUUAAGAGGCAAUGGAGGAGUGCGCCAACAACGCCUGUGGCUGCAGAGACCCACAAAGAAGAGACAUGUUUUAUUGCAGCUGGGGAGUGGGGCAGAGGAAGGCGCCUGCAGCAGCACAAUAAUAACACCCCCAUUGCCGGCUUCCAAAGGCCACAUUGGAGUCCGUGACUCCCCGACGGGGAAAGAGACGGAGAGGGCGGAGAAAGCGGACAGCCGAUUGCUCACCGCUGCUUUGGUAGGCCAAGUUUGCAGGCCAAGGCCGCCUAAACUCUGCAGAUUUUGCCCCCUCCUGAAGCAAGGAGGCGUCAACCGCUGCCGUCGGCCCUUUGCUCCGCCUCCCUUUCGCUCCCCGGCGGCUCGGAGGCGGAGCUGCGCCGAAGCGCUUUUCUCGCCCGCGCGGACGCCGCUUGCUAGCAGUGCAUUGCACAGCCCGUCGCUGCUGCUGCUCUCGUCCCUCCGUUUGCUGCCCCUCAGCCGCCAUGGCCGUCUGGAGCGGGUCCGACUCGUGCUACUCGGUCCGGCCCAGCUUGACCUCGGUCUCGUCGGGGGAGCUGCAGAGCCUGCGGACGUGCAACUGCGAGAUGGCUGUGCUGCCUCUGCAACAGCUGGCGCUGCUGCAGCCGGAGUUCUUCCAGCUGUCGGGGGGCGCCUUGACCGUGCGGAGCCCGCCAAGCCGGCGGCUGGGAGGCGGCUUCACGGUGAUCAGCGACGGCUCCGUCCACGUGGACGGGCAGUACCAUUGCAAGCUCACCGACUACUUCAAGAGGUAGAACUUCACCUCCUUCUCAUUCCCUGAUUUGGGGGGGGGGGGGGAGGCACCCAGUUUCUUCUCCUAGCAUCAUUUUGGGGCAGUGGGUGUGAUGCCUCCAGCGAGUCUAGCAGAUCCUCCGCCCUGCUAGCUGGGAAACUACACCUGUUGAAUUGUUACAUGCCAUGCGGGCUAGCAAAGGCACUGGAGCCCUUGCGGGGAGGGAGCGAGAAUAAAGAGAGACUUAUUUGCAGGUCCAAACCCCUAUAGCUCAUCUUAGACCAGAAGCAGGAUUGGUACUUUGUAAGGUUGCCGGAACCUAGAUGAAAAGUAUAAAAGCUCUGGAUUUGUGGCGGGUGGUAUGAAACUACAGCAGUACAGUAUGUAGUCUUUGGGGGUGUUUGUGCGGACCUGGUUGGUUUGUUGUGAAAAUGGGCUGGAAGGAGAUGAAAUAGGUGUGGGUUCCUAGGAAGCUGCCUUAUACCAAGUCAAGAGCAUUUGUCCAUCUAGCUCCAUGUUGUUGACACUGACUGGCAGCUGCUCCCCAGGGUUUCAGGCAGGGGUCUUCUGCAUGCAAAGCAGAUACUCUUAUCACUUAGCUGGGAGGGCCAUUCCCCAUUAAGCCAUAGCCCAGGGGUUAUGGAAACUGCUUAGAGGGUUUUAUAUAGAUAGCCAUCUUUUACUACCUGCUCUUUCAAACAACAGUAGUAGCUUACUCCUGUACCAACUUCAUUUUCCACCUUGUUCUUAUUGUCACCUAACUGGGUAUUUGAAGCUCCUUUGCUCUCUUUUCUCUGGAUGGAAAUUUUUCAGAUCUAUGGCUUAGCUCUGGAACAUGUGAAAUGUUAAUAAAUGAGUGCAUCUGAGCAUGAGGAAUAUGCCUUUCCUUUUCCUGCUCCCAGCCUGAAGACUGAUAAUGGUAAUUACUAAAGGUGUGUCAUCAUACAAAGGUUGGCAGGUCAAUUCGUAAAAAGAAGCAUUGAGAAGGUAUUGGAUAAGCGUGAAUGCCAGGCAGUGUCUUGGAAAAGAGUAUCCAAGGGACUUCAGGCUUUGGGGAUCUGAAGGGUCCAUUAGUGGUUAACUGGGCACCACCACUUUUCCACUGUGGGGUGCAUUAGAAAAGACAUCAGGCUUGGUUUUUCAUACUAGAACUCUCAAGGUUCACCAACCGGAACCAAAUGGGAAAUUUCAGGAAGACAUAAACUUAGGCCCCAUUCACCCCAUAUAUAUGUGCAUUUUGCUACCACUUUAAGCAGUUAUGGCUUUCCCACAAAGAAUCCUGGGAGCUGUAGUUUGUUAAAGGUGCUGAGAGUUGUUAGGAGACCCAUGUUCCUCUUGCACAGCCAGGAUUCUCAGAGUAAUUUAUCAAUCAAUUCCUCCUUGCAGGGAACUCAGGGAGGGGACUUUAGUAGGGGUCUUCUAACAACUCUUAGCAAUAGGGCACAUAAUUAUUUAUGGGGAGCCAUGACCAUUUAAAGUGGUAUCAUAGUGGUUUAAAUGUAGGUGGGUGCGAAUGUGGCCUUAGAACUGAGGGGAAAGGGCAUUUCUCCUGAGUUUUCGGGAGAGACCAAGGUCUGAUACUAUCAUCGGCUGUCUCCCAGGACCUAGAGAUCCCUUCAGCCACCCACAACCCCUCCAAGGCUACAGUGCUUCACUCCCUUUAAGUUUUUCCUUUUUAACUUGGUUUCUGCUGAACAUUAAAAAGAAAAUCUAAGGAACAGGAUGCCUCUGAGCACAUGUUGAGCCCAGGGAUUUCUUCCCUUGAUCUGAAAACGCCAAAGCAGACAGAGAAGGGAUUAGCACAAGGCCAGUUAUUGUAGAGGAUCCUCCCCCCCCCCUUGUUGUUUCAGCUGUUUCUGUUAAGCUGCUGAGCCAAAAACACUUGCUGAGCCACUACAGACCACCAGAGGUCUUGCAGAUCUCAGUCUGCAUGCUUCUCUGCCCCCUACUGCUUCGGGAUUUUCCAGUGCUAACUUGACAACAGGGUUCAGAAGGCCAACCCUACAGUAAUAGUAAUAUCUUUCAUGCCUUGUUUCUGAACUUAUUGGCAGCAUCUAGCUGGUCAUCACCAUGGAAGCCUAGUUACCAAGGCCUGAGUGGGCGGAAAAGUUGUAGCCUGGCACCUAAAAAAAAGAUAUAAUGAUGCCACCAGGCAGAUUUCCCUGGGAAGAGCCAUUUGCAUAUGGGGGGGCAGGGAAUGCACCCUACAGAAAAGGCCCUUUCUUGUUUGGUCACCCUCAGGUGAGGUACAUGGAGGAAGGCCUCUGAUGAAGACCAUGAGGUCUGGGUUGGUUCAUAUGGGGAGAGAUGGUCCUUGAGGUAUUGUGAGGCACAUAAGACUUUAUAGGUCGAAACCAGCGCUUUGAACUGAGUCCGGAAACUAGUCAGUAGCCAGUGUUGUUGGGCCAGGAUUGAUGUCAUGUGCUCAGACUUUCUAGUCCCAGUUCAUAAUCUGGCUGCUGAAUUCUGCCCUAGUUAUAGUUUCCAAGCUGUCAUCAAAGGAAGCCUCAUGUCUAAGAGACAUGACACAUGAGGAGAAAGGGAAUGAGGAGGCAAGAGGAAAAACAUGGGACAUUUCAGGGACCAGCUUUUUCCUUCUGUGACGGUAGCUCAGUUGGUUAGAGUGUGGUGCUGAUAACGCCAAGGUUGCAGGUUCGAUCCCCGUUUGGGACCGCUGCAUAUUCCUGCAUUGCAGUGAGUGAUUGUCGGGUUCCCUUCCAACUCUGCUGUACAAUUCUAUGAUCAUUUCAGGGAAGCAACUCUGAAAUGGGAGACUCCAUAUCAGACUUCCUUCCAACUCUACAAUUCUAUGAGCCCAUCCACGCGGAUGGAGAGGGCCUUGCAGCCUGGAGAAAUAGGCAUAUGAACAGCAGAAGCUGCCCUAUACAGAGUCAGACCAUCUUGCUCAGUAUUGCAUACACUGACUGGCAGUAGUUCCCAGUGUUUCAGAUUGAUGUCUGAAAGGGAUUAAACCCUGUGGCCUUUCUGCUUAUGAAGCACCUGUUCUACCAAAUAACUACAGCCCCUUCCUCAAGGGCUUGCAGUGGUGGGCAUGCUGCCACAUAGGCUAAGUUCUUAAUUUUUUAAUAUUGUUGCUUUCCUCAAUUAGAGGCUUAAAAAAAAUAAAAUUAUUUCCUUAUUGUGGGGCAACUACCUUCUCUUAUGUGUAACCUCUUUGUUAUUUAGACUUGUUCUCUUUCAAUGAAAACUACAGGGUGUGGCAGCUUAUCCUUUUAUCCUUUACUCUGAUUGUUUGUUUAAAGGAACAAGUUGAAAUCCUGUUUGGUUCUUUUGUUUUGUCAGGCCUACAAUGCAAAGAUUUGGCCUCUCUAAAACCAAUGUUGCGGGCAUGAAACUCUUCCUUUGCUAAAACCUGGCUCUGUGAAGCUGUUCUUGCCGAAAAUCUGGACGGCACAGAAAAGAAUGCAUCAUAGCCUUUGGAAAUCUUAAGCUGUGGAUGCAACUUUUGCCUUGUGAUCUGAGCACUUGGGCACGCUGCAGUGUUACUGUAUACAAGAACAGAAAAAGACUGGCUGGGUGUGAGACACUAUUUGGAAUGUCUCUAGAGGGUCUGGCUCAGUUAACAUUACAUUAUUGAGAAAACGAAUCUGAGCAGUUAUUUAAAACUGAUGGUUGCUAGGCUUGGCUAAAACUCUUUGAAUUUGUGGCAGUGAGUUUAAAUGACAGUUUUCCAGUGUUUAGAAUGUAAAGGUGAAACAGUUAUGCAUUUCUUUAUUAUCCCAAAUUUGGUUAUUCAUUCCAUGUUUAGGAAUCCCAAAGCUUUCUGUAGGGAUUGCUAUCCAGUUUGAAUGCCCUAAAUUCCUUUUACAGGGGAGGAGGCAAGUACCAGUAUGGUACAAUUCUUUCUGUCUCCUCCCCGCAUCUGCCCCCAGUUCAGUACUAAAAAAAUCCCAGGGGCUUUUUCAGAUGACCUGUUUGUUGGCAUUCAAACUCAAAGCUUUUAGUCUUUAUCGUCCAGACUUCAUUGAGCAUUCAUUCCAACUUGCUUGUGGAGUGUUUGCAGGUCUUUCCAUUGACAAUUUGUUCAUCCCACAAUUCUCAGUGGAUUUCAACUUUCCAAACCACACAAAGUUCCAUUUUAAAAAAUUAAGUGGUUUUGUUGCACUAGGACAACAAAGCACUUUAAUCGUGCCAAGCUUAAAGUUGCAAUAUGCUCUUGAGUCCCCUGUCCCAGAGGUGCCCCAAAUUUAAUCUUUCUAGCCAUUUCUGGAAGAUGUCAGGAAUGUGUAUAUUGACACCUAAAAGCAGCCAUUUAUCCUUUUUCUGAGUGGCUAUAACUGCUGUGUGUCCCACAGCUCAUUGAUAUUUGCACCUCCAGGAUCUUCCACUGGUCUACAUGGGUGAUAUACAGUAAUGCCCCUCCUGCCUUUGCACCAAUUUAAAUACUUGCAUUGGUGCACUGGGAAGAGGGGAAGAAUAAUUAGGUGUGGAGGAGGGCCAAUCUGUCAAAAUCCUUUAAAAAUAUAUAUAAAACAAUUGGAGUAAUAAUAAUAUUUUUUUAUUUAUACCCCGCCCUUCCUGAUUCAGAAAACCGGGCUCAGGGCAGCUAACAACAAAUUUAAAACAUUUAAUUGUGAUACAACAAAAAACAGCAUAAAAUACAGUAUAAAAGCGUGAAUAACAAUAAAUUCAAAGUUCAAGGGAUGGUGUGGGUAUGAAAAGCGACACUUUAUAAAUAUGCAUUUUAUGGCAGAAUUUGCUACAAGUUCUUCUUUACAAAAUCCAACUAGACAUGAGCUACCAACUCUGAAAAGGACAUGAGUGGUGCUGUGGUCUAAACCACUGAGCCUAGGGCUUGCUGAUCAGAAGGUCGGCGGUUUGAAUCCCUGUGACGGGGUGAGCUCCCAUUGCUUGGUCCCAGCUCCUGCCAACCUAGCAGUUCGAAAGCACGUCAAAGUGCAAGUAGAUAAAUAGGUACCGCUGUGGCGGGAAGGUAAACGGUGCGCUGCUCUAGUUUCGCCAGAAGCAGCUUAGUCAUGCUGGCCACAUGAUCUAGAAAAACUGUCUGUGGACAAACGCCGGCUCCCUCGGCCAGUAAAGCGAGAUGAGCGCCACAACCCCAGAGUCGUUUGCGACUGAACUUAACUGUCAGGGGUCCUUUACCUUUACCUUUUUACCAACUCUGAAAGAUUUAAGAUUCUGGUAUAUGUAUAUUAUAUGGGCAAAUAUUUGCGAAGACGAGCAUAAAUUAAAAUGAAAUGGUGAUUAGAAACAUCUGCUUGGUUACCAGCUACUCUGAUUUUCAGUGGUGGAAAAUUAGGCCCAUUUGUCUUGGUAGAUGAUGUUUUCAAAAGGACGUAGUGACUUGCGUCUUUUCCAGUGCCUUGCAAUUGGCAUUUAAGAAAUGGAGUACAAUUUUUGCACGGACUAACUUGUAUCCAGCACAUUUCAAAUUAAUCACUUUCAGGGAAUAAACAGCAUGACUGUGGUUCAGCUGGAACACUGACUCAUGGGAGCAUGUGUAUUUCCUUACUGUACCACCCAUCCAACUUUUCCUGUGUCUGACUGGUAUCCUGCAUUACCACCUUACACAGUCCAACAACCACAUUAUAAGCUGAAGUGGGGAAAUGAAUCUGGCUUGUCUGUUGUACUGUCUCUGUACUUCCAAUGCAUUAACAAUUUUAGUUUUAAACUAGCUGGGGAGAUACAAGCUGGGAAGAUGUGUCUAUAUCGUAUGGCGAGCCAUUAAGAGGAAUAUAUUCCUCCAAAUAGCUGAACCCAUGCAGGAUUAGCAGUUUAUAUGGUGUGAAAUUGAGUAAAAUUGGCCUGCCUGGGGAAAAACAAACCACUUUGCCUUAACAAAUGUGAUGAUGUGUUUACAGAAGCAGCAGUAAUGGUGUACUGUAUUCCGUAUUUAACUGAUCUAGUAAUAUAAAGCAGGAAAAGGUUGCUUUUUAUUUCUGUUACCAUCUCUCCCUCUGCCUCCCACCUCUCUCUCUCACCCCCCUCCCCCAGUCUACACUAUCUUUGUUCCUGUUUGGGGACUUAUUAAAUAAUAAAAUUACUCUAAACCAUAGUUUUCAUAGAAGGCGACCACAUGGAUCUAUCCAAGCAGGCUUAAGCAUUUGACUGAAAUAAAGCUGAGCCCCAGGGUAUUGGAAUUUUAAAUAGAUCUGCUUGACUUCUGUGGGGCUAAUGCAUUUUCCCAUAUGGGGCUUCCAUGGUUUGUACUUAAUAAUGUACAGACUGAUCACUAAGCAUUCUAGCGAAAGCUAACAUGUCCUUGCAUUCAGCUGCUCCCUGCCCUGUGAGCACAGUGGAAUGCAAGAGGCUUAAAUGUGUUUAUCUCUUUUAGAAAGAAAGAAAGAAAGAAAGAAAGAAAGAAAGGAUUCCUUCUAACCAAAUAACCCUGGUUAAACUAGUUUGGUCAGGCUCAUCAAACUUCAACUUGGUGCACAAACAGAGCAAUCGAUCAAUCAAACCUCUUUUGAUGUCUGUAACCUAAAAGAGUUUGUUUUUAAAGUUUAAAACCAUGAAAGAGACUUAGUAUCUGCUUCAUGCACAAGUUGCAAACUUUUUUGCAUCAGUUUCAAAUUCCGAGGAAGUGCUUUGGGCACCUGUCACAAAAUGGCUGUCAUGGAGCUUGUGGUAUAUAACACAAAAUGGCUGCAGUGGGGAGCAUGGUAGAACGUAACAUGGCUGCCAUGGGGCUGUGGCAUAGCACUACAUUAGGGAGAGGACAGUCGUUGCAACUCCCUGCAUCCUGGACAACCUCACACUUGCUGUAGGAAGCCAGUUGUUAUGUGCUGGUCCUGACUGUGGAAAUCACACAAUAUUGGUUUUCUCCUGCUCCCCACCCCAAAUACUGUUUCUGUCUAACAACAGAGGCAAUUCCCCAGUACCAGAAAAAAAUACAUAAUUUGUUCACAGUCACACACCCUCAGACACACAUACUUCACAUAAACACAACCACACAUACCUCUUUCUCUGAAACUUGCACACACACCAGAUACAUCUCUCUCUCCCUCUCCCCAAGUGCAUGCAUCUCAAUCACACAUGCAGAACCAGUUUGAACCACAACCCCCUUCAGAAAAGCCCCUCAUGGGCAACCGAAGCGUCUGCCACCCCCAUUCCUAUUAAGAACAAUCAUACAGUUUCAGAAAAUACACAAGUGUCAGCAAACCAGCAUCCAGGGCCCCUGGUGCCCAGGGGUAAUGCACAAGGCCCCAGAGGGUGGCUGUGGUGCCCUCAAGUUCUGGGUUGGUAAUCCCUGAUGUGUGAUUAAUGGAUGCCAACUCUCAUAGCUUCAGAAACCAGCAUCUUAGUCCUGGCAUGUAGGCACUAGAUCCAAUUUCCAGAGACGUUUAAACCUGUGCUUUUUAAAGGGUGGAUUUUUAUUUUUUUUUAAACUUAUCCUUCUUUUUACUUCACUGGACCUAUGCCAAAGUACGUGGUUUGAAGACUGUGGUCUAAGUAAAGUUCCAAUUCAACUCUCUCAUGGUUGAAGAGGAAGGUUAAAAACGCCAGAAGCCUGGCUUCAUAAAAGGAAAAGGUGACACAUCCUUAACCACAUGUCCUACUCUCUCCUUUUUAUGAUGCUGUUUUUGCUUUAACAAACAGUCACAUUGAAAAGGAUAGCCUUCAAAACAGGAGAUGUGGUAAUUCCUGCCUAAUUAAGUGUACUGGGCGCUUCAAAAAUAAUAGUUUCCUAACCAAGAGUGGUUCUACUUCACAGUCACUUUAAAUUUGUUUGUGGGGUGGGGUCCUUCUGUACAGCUCCGUUUUCACCUCUCUGUCUACGUAAAUGAUCUUUGGUGGCAUAGCUGUCACCGUUUCCCUUUUUUAAAGGGAAAUUCCCUUAUUCUGAAUAGGAUUCCUCGCAAGAAAAGGGAAAAGUUGACAGCUAUGUUUGGUGGCUGAAUAACAGAAACAUUUUAUCGUGACUUGUUUCAUUUUAUUUCUAUGCUUCCUGCAAAGUUUGCUUUAAUCCUUUACCUUAACUGUAACUUUCUGUAUCCUGCUUUUCAAUUACCGGUAAGUUGCGUUAAUGCAGCUUUCGUCUCCCAACAGAUACGUAGAACUCAACACCCACUAUGACUAUAAAAACUACAGAGAAACUAUACUGGGUCGCCCAUUGGUAUUCUUCUUCAACGUCAGAACAAAAUAUAAUUCUUCGAAAGGUAAACCUAUGAGUGAACCUUUUUUUUAAAAGGGCAUAUUUUGGAUCUAAAUAAACUCUGUGUAAAGAGCCAUGGUUGAAUUUGAAUCUGGUAUGGUUAAAUUCAGUUCAGCGAUGCCUUUUUAAAAAUGAAGCUGUCACUGCGCUGUGACCUCCCUGUAAGAUUGGCAACUUUGAUUUAUAACAUAGUUCUAACAUGUAAAAAUAUUGUUUGAUUUUAUAUCAGUGAAACAUGCCUCCUGCUGUGGCACAGUUAUGCUUGCACAGUGGCAGAACCGGUUUUGAUCGCUGGUGGUUUCCCAAAUUGCUAUUUGGUUGGAUAAGGAUGUUUCUGCUGGACCUUCCAUGGAUGAGUACUCUGAUUAAUUUGAAAACAAUUAGGUCCACCUCUCUGUGGACUACAAGAACUGCAAAACUUGCUGAAAUACCUUAAAAGCACAUAAAGCUGGAUCUGGGGCUUUUUGCCUGUUAAAAUGUUUAAAGAGUACGAAAAUUAAAUAGAUCAUGGGCUGAGCUUGUUGUUGCCAGCAAGGAUGUGGUUUUAGAGCGGCUACCUUAGGAUAAGGAAGGUGGUUGGGGCUGGCCUUCAAUCUCUGAAAACCAGCGACCUAGAUUCCAAGAAGAUACUGCUAAAUACUGAUUAAAUAUCAGAUUGGAACAAAGCAUAAUUAGAGGACUACUCUUGUACAUUUCAUGGGUUUUGAGAAUCUCAACUUUCACUUAAAUAAGCUGAACCAGGCGGCUUUACUUUAAAGAGAAAGUUGAAGCUCACAAAGCCUGUCAAAUGCAUAAAUGUGCUUUAGAGGACACAAGUAGCCCACUGGUUUUGCUUCCAGUCUAGUAUUUAAUCAUGGCAAGUUUAGCAGUGUUCUCUUCAGAUCUAUGGAAUCUGAAUUUAAUACUUAUAUAUCUCCUCCCUAAAACAUAAGGCAGUUUAACCUCAAAUGGCAAUAAAACGUUUUAAAAGAGGAACAGGAACUCAGAUUUUUGCAGCGAACCAAAAUAAAUUUAGAGACUAUGGGGAACAGCUCAAAAUGGUGUUGAACUAGGCUCUCCUGUGAGCAGAGACCUUCUGAAAGGUGUAAUUUCAAGUGGCUUAAUUCUUGUAUACAGCCACUGGAAGUCCAUGUGCAGUACUCUUUGAAUUAACAAUAAGAGACUAUGGGAUCUAUAACAGCAGCAGCGGUUAUACAUCCAAUCAAAUGUAACUAUCAAAGGAUUGCUUUGCAUCUUACAAGAUUAGCAGGCAAACAAGACUAGCAGGCAAACAAGACGUAUGUUUGAUGCACUUAGUAACGUGAGAAAAUGACACACAUGUUAGAUGGUGUAUAAUACAUACUGUGUGAUCCAUAACAGUGUCUCCCUAAAGCAAAUUCACAGAUGUGUACCAUGCUCACGCGUGUUUGCUAACUUAGUAGUGUGUGGGUGUGCAGCAGCAGUCUACAGAAGAGAAGAGAACUCUAGCAAAACUUUGUGUAAAGGUUUAAGAGCAACAUCUGAAAUACAAUAGUAAGGUCUGGCAUUAAUAAAUAACAAUAAUUUCUAAUCCAUCCUUAGAAAAAACAUAUGCUUUGCUUGUGAACACCCGCCAUCCUAAGAUGAGAAGACAGAUUGAGAAUGGAAUGAACAAUAUAAUAUCUUCUGUGAUUGGAGAAAGUUACAAACUUCAGGUGAGUUAGACAGAGAGGUUGUCCUACAUAUGGCUGUUAUCUUUCUGUCUGUACCUGUGUAAUUGCUCUGUGUCUGGUACAAAUGAAACUUUUUAUGACGGGUAAAGGGCAAUGUUCCCUGAAACAUCUUGGAAUCUUGUCGGGUUGAAAUAAACGACAGACGAAAGACAAGUGUCUGACACAUAAAUUCCAAAGGACAUCGACACUGAAUAUUAUAUAUCACAUUUGUCCCUCUUGGCUAUUUGUCAGCUUUCUUGACCUGGUGUUGUGUACAAUGAUUACUUGGUUCUCAGUGGUGCAGCUAAGGGCUGUUUUGCUCAAGGGGCUCCCAAAUGACUACCCAGAGUGCAGGUGAUGAUGGAUGUAGCAGCAAACAGGUUCCAUGUUGGGUCAUCACAGCAUCCUUUCUUAUUUUUUCAAAAUACUGUACAGUCGAGUGGCCAACUGGGCACGUACGUGGUUACAGAUGCUUUCUUAUUUUUACUGUCAAAUCUAGUGUAAUUACUUUUCUACAACAAAAUGGUGCAUAUUACCAAGUAAAUGUGGUUAGCAUCAGAGCAGCAGAAGCAAAUUCCAUUUUAUUUCUAUAGCUGUGCUGGUGCUGUGCUUUUAAGGAAGUUUAAAAUGCAAAGGUGCACGUGCUUAGAGGUUUUCCCCCGCCAGGGCUCUUCCUUUGUUUUUGCUCUAACAUUUCAGGAAUGUGGAAGCAAUCAUAAAGUAUAAAACAUGGUUGUUUAAAGGGCUCUCCCAGUUAGACUACUAAGUCCAGGGUCUAAAAUGACCUAGCUGCACCACUGUUUGCUUUUGGGGUAGGAUUAAUCUUAACCUGAUUCCAAAACUUUUAUAUAAGUGGCUUUCAUAACUAGAGGUAUAAGGGGUACAAAAUUUGGUAAUAUACCUUCUUUUUCUUUGUGCAGUUUGAUUUCCAAGAUGUUGUAAAGAAUUUUUUUCCUCCUGGAGCCCAUUUGGUCAAUAAAGAGAGCCUGAGUUUUUCCUUUGAGUUCAAAUGCGACGCCUUAUUUGACUUCUUUUAUUGGUUUGGGAUCAGCAAAAGGACAGUUACGGUGAAUGGGAAAGUUCUGAAUUUGUCCAGUACCAAUCCACAGAAGAAAGAGAUGAUAACAAAGUUUCUGGAUAAAAUGAGUGAACCAAACAUGCGGUCAAACAGCUUUUCAGACAGAAAGUUUAGUGUUACAUCCAGGGGUAAGUUGGUGUCGUGUUUUUAAGUGAGAUUUUUAAAAUCUAUAUCUCCACAUACAGUGGUAUCUCGGGUUAAGUACUUAAUUCGUUCUGGAGAUCCGUUCUUAACCUGAAACUGUACUUAACCUGAAGCACCACUUUAGUUAAUGGGGCCUCCUGCUGCUGCUGCGCCGCUGGAGCAUGGUUUCUGUUCUCAUCCUGAAGCAAAGUUCUUAACCUGAAGCACUAUUUCUGGGUUAGCAGAGUCUGUAACCUGAAGUGUAUGUAACCUGAAGCGUAUGUAACCUGAGGUACCACUGUACUGUUCAGAGGUCACAAUGAUUGAACUGCUCCUGGAUCCUUUGAUUUGAAGAAACCCAAACCUUGAGUACUAAAAUGGAGGUUUGGUUUGAGUCACUAAUCUGGGGUACUCUGGGAAGUGUGAGGGAAGUAGGGAUCACCUCACAACUCUCAGCACCCUUAACAAACAACUGAUUCCAUGAUAAUAGUGUCCACAUCAAGGGAAGUAAUAGUACUGCUGUAUUCUGCCUUGGUCAGACCCCACCUGGAGUACUGUGUCCAGUUCUAGGCACUACAGUUUAAGAAGGAUAUUGAAAACUGGAAUGUCUGUGCAGAAGAGGGCAACCAAGAGGAUAAAGGGUCUGGAAACCAAGCCUUAUGAGGAACGGUUGAGGGUAUUGGGUAUGCUUAGUCUGGAGAAGAGAAGACUGAGAGGUGAAAAGAUAGUCAUCUUUAACUAUCUAAAGGGCUGUCACAUGGAAAAUAGAGCAAGCUUGUUUUCUGCUGCUCCAGAGGGUAGGACCCAAACUAAUUGAUUCAAAUUACAAUAAAGGAGAUUCCAACCAAAAAUUAGGAAGAACUUUCUGACAGUAAGAGCUGCCCAACAGUGGAACAGACUCCUUCAGAAGCUGAUGGACUCUCCUUCAAUGGAGGCUUUUAAAGAGGUUGGAUGGCCGCCUGUCAAGGAUUCUUUAGUUUUGAUUCCCACAUUUCAGGAGGUUGGACUAGGCAACCCUUGGAGUCCCUUUUCAGGUCUACAGAGCUAUGAUUUUAUGAGCCUUUGGGAGACGUCCUGACUGUUUAAAGUGGUGUGAUGCUGCUUUUAAGGUAGAGUGCAGAUGAGGCCUAAAAAUAAGUUUUGGUUCUUCCAGAAUUACCAGACUAAGAUAUUUUUUUUGCCUACUAGGUUAUAUGCAUUAGAAAGUUUCUCAGUUUUGUAGGCAAAAGGAUUACAGUGGCCUAUUUCCUUAGAUGUGUUGUAAUUCUCCUUCCUGUGCUUUCUUGCAGCUUCAGUAGAUGAUGUGUUUAAUGGCAACUUCACACCACAAUCACCUUGGAUGGAGUCGCCUUUUGUAGUUUGGACACUUCCAGGGGCUCAGGAAUCGGAAGAAGGAUCAAAUACAUUAAUCAGGUUUUCAUGAAGGAAGAAAUCCACCAAAGUGGAAUUGUCUUAAUUACAGAAUGAAAGAAGUUAUUGAAAGAAGACUUCUGUUUUCAUUUGCAUUUUGCCCAGAAGAAUAGGGAACUCUUUCAUUCCUGCUGAGUUUGUUGGUUCAGGAAAAGCCACUUUUGGUUCUUAAAAUAGUACUUGCAGAGUUUGUCUUUCAACAUUAUGAGCUUUCUGGAGGAUAGGGUUUUCUUGUUAUUGCAGUCAGAAUGCAUAUAGCUAGAGUCAUUUCAGUGAUUUUAAAUCUAGAUUAUUCAAGUGGUUUUAAAUUACAAGUUUUUUAAACGCCACUAAAAUCCUGUGUAGUAUGUUGCUAGCUUAAUUAUUGCUCCAGCUUAGCACUGUUUCCAGUGGAAAAAAUUAAUGGGAUACAGAACGGCUUUUGAGGCUCAUAAAAUGCAGCUACACUUCCUGCAGUUUUUAAAAAAAUGGUUAAUGGUGACCUUAAAGAACUAGCAGAGGGAAUACUUGAACCCAAAAGCUUUUAGAUGAUGAUCAAAAGUCAAUGGGUGCCCAGAUUUGUAGUUCUGUUCUGGCUUGGAAAGAUGAAACACCCUAGAUAAAUGUGACUGCAAUUCGGAAUGCUUGAGAGACUAUUCUCAGCUCCAUUACAAGCUUCCUAUAACUCCCCAAGUCAAAAUAGCUUAUUUUGUCCUUCAUCUUCUCGUAGGCCAAAAGGAGAGCUAAUCUACACCAUAAACUGUUCAUUUCUUUUCUUCCAAAGCACUUUAAGGAAUCCACUGGGGAAAUCUGGCACUAUGUUUUUUAAAUUACAUUUUUUUUCUUGCAUUCCCUCAAGUAAUGAUCACAGAAGUCUCUGAAGUUCUGAUGCAGCCUCUGUAAAAUGCCAUAUUCCUUUGAUACUGCUAUUUUGUAUUAAAUGCUACAUUUUAUCACUAGCAUGCCAAUCAUGGUAGGUUUUAAAGGUUGUGCUUUUUAAAAACGCUGCAUCAGUUCUGAAGAUAAAUGCAUUACCGGUUUUUUUAAGUAAGUUGUAAGAAAAUCGUCAUACGUGGAGGCAGAUGGAAUGUGCAUUGCUUUCUACAUUAAAGCCUAGUUCAGUCAUUUAACCUGCAGGAUGAUAUAUCUUCUACUCAAUCUUUAACUUGCCUUCAUAACAUACCUUAAGCAGAUGACAUAGCAACAGGGUUUUCUUCUUGGGAGCUUCGCCAGUUGCUGUAAAUGGAGCACAACUGUUCUUAACUUUUCUCCAACCCCACUGUUGAUGGCAAAAGCCAUUUUACACAAACAGCGAAUCACUGUACGUCAGAGAAACAUGUAGGUUUUCAGCCAUAGCAAGCAGACAUUGGGCCACCAUGUCCACAUAAUUCCAUAUCAUGCAAAGACCAUAUCAACCACAUCUUCAAUUUCUCAUUUGGUUCUAUAUAUUCAAUACCACGUGGGCGCGUUUACUGUCAAGGUGGCAUACGAUUGCCUGACUGAGAAUCUCCAGAUUUGCUCUUCACUUGUAUUUGAAGAUUUUACUGAUGUGGGAACGCAUAUUGUUCCUGAAGAUUUUUCCAAAAAACCCCACAAACAAACUGAAAAUUGGUCCAAAUAGCACUUGGCUAGAGUUUCAAGGACUCUGAUAACUUACCCAAGAGCUUAACUACCCCUUUACUUCUGAGGAAGACUCACUUAUUUCCCUUCUGUAGAUGGGGCAUCACACUACACCCAGAGCAGUGGCUUCAUAGUAAUAUGGGUGACCUGCACUGGGAUAUAGAUUAGGGGAAAUGUCUGUUCCCUUCAGACACUAAUGGAACUAGGAACUAAUGAAUAUAAUAUAUGACAUGUAGACUCUCCCUUGGAGGUUAAUGACCUUAGACUGAGGACUGUUUAUCGUGAGGCAUCCCAUAGUAAAGCAGGCUACUUUUUAAGAAUGGUGUACUUUUCUUCUUUCAGUCAGCAGUGGACAACAUGACAGUGUUAGGUCUUUCUCUAAAUAUUUUACCUCCUCCCCCACUCCAUAGCAUGAUGUUUGAAAACCAGUUUUAUAUUGCUAAAGUGUAAUGUUGGAAAUGCUGUCUGUGUAUGCUGACUGAUUUAAACUGGUACUGUAUGGGACUUCAAUAACUAUCGUUUUUGUCUUGUUUGCUUGGAAAAAGGAAUCCUAUGAAUGAGUUCUGCCCCCCAAAAAGCAGGCUUUUGUUGUUAUCAUAUUGAAUCUGCACACCAAAAAGUGUGUUUUCGGUGAUUGCCUAUUCAGUGCCUUUGUAUAUUUUCCAUUUACAAUAAAGGGAGAUUUUUAAAUAGGUGUCUUCA